AUGCGAUCCUCAACAAUACUGCGGUGGCUUGCGCUGCCCUUCUUAGUCUACGCGACAGCAGCACCACCUUCAGAACCGCAAAUACAAGACGGACUGCCAGGAAAGCGAUUAGUGAAGCGAGCAGGCGACCCGGACGAUGACGCGCCACAAGACACCGUCUUCAAUGACAAAAAGGUGCCUGCGAUACAAAUGCUGACUGGCGACACCCUCGACGAGACGAUCAAGGACGGCUACUGGUUUGUCGAGUUCUUCAGCCCGUACUGCCCUCACUGCAUAUCAUUCGCGCCAACAUGGCAGACAAUGUACGAAUUCUACUACACAUCCGAACCAGUGCCUCAGUCACCUGGAUCUGGCGAGACACACAACGACCUGAACAGUUUCAAGAGGUAUUAUAACUUCAACUUUGCGAAGGUGGACUGCGUCGCAAAUGGAGAUGCAUGCUCGGAGAAGGGCGUUGGAUCGUUUCCUACCGUGAUAUUGUACAAGAAUGGAAAGCAGAUUGAGAAGCAGACUGGCCAGAAAGAUCUGUCACAAAUGAGCAAGUGGAUAGAGUCGAUACUGGAGACUAUCAAGCCUGGGUCAAGACCAAAGGGAGGUCCUAUGCUGCCCAAAGUGGGCGCGAAGGAGGCACCUGCUCAGCCUGCUCCGGCGCCACUGCCUCUCCCUUUGGAGGACAAGGGAGACUCUUCGUCCAGCGCCAAGGUCACUCUUACUGGCACAAGGAUCGCAGAAGUGGCCAAGGAGACACCCAACAUUGCGGGGAGGUCUAUGGGUCUCACUGGCGAGAACUUCCAGCGAAUGGUCACCACGACUCGCGAUCCGUGGUUCAUCAAGUUCUACGCUCCUUGGUGUCACCACUGCCAGGCCAUGGCACCCAACUGGCAAAGCAUGGCCCGCCAGAUGCAGGGACGUUUGAAUGUGGGUGAGGUCAACUGCGAUGUGGAGAAGCGACUAUGCAAGGACGCCAAAGUCCGCGGCUUCCCGACACUGCUCUUCUUCCAGGGCGGCGAGCGAAUCGAGUAUGAUGGACUUCGCGGUCUGGGAGACCUCAUCAGCUUCGCAAACAAGGCAGUCUCCGUCAGGGAAGGUGUCAUUGACAUCAACGCUGCGGAAUUUGAAGAGCUCGAGAAGAAGGAAGAAGUCAUCUUCCUCUACUUCUACGACCAAGCCACAACCAGUGAAGACUUCGCCGCUCUCGAACGACUCGUGCUGAGCUUGGUCGGACAUGCUAAGUUGGUGAAGACCAACGACCCAGAACUUAGCAAACGCUUCAAGAUCAGCACCUGGCCUAGACUGCUAGUCAGCAGAGACGGCAAGCCCACUUACUACACUGCACUCUCACCCCGCGACAUGCGAGACUACAGGAGGGUGUUGAACUGGAUGCAGUCUGUCUGGCUGCCGAUUGUGCCAGAGCUUACCGCCUCGAACGCGAAGGAGGUCAUGGCUGGAAGACUUAUUGUGCUUGGAAUACUGUCACGAGACCGGCCGGAGGACUUCGUGGUUGCAAAGCGUGAGAUCAAGAACGCUGCUUUGGAGUGGAUCGACAAGCAGACGCAAGCAUUUCAACUGGAACGUCAAGAACUACGCGAUGCCAAGCAGCUACGCAUCGAGGAGGCCGAAGAUCGCAACGAUCAGCGUGCUCUACGGUCUGCGAAGAGCAUCCGUAUCAACAUGGACGACAUUGAGCGCAAGGAAGUUGGCUUCGCAUGGGUCGAUGGUGUCUUCUGGGAACGUUGGAUACGUACCACCUUUGGAAUCAGCGUCGCGGAUGGUGAGAAAGUCGUCAUCAACGACGAAGACAACCACCGCUACUGGGAUGUGACCAUGACAGGCAACCCGAUCGUUCCGAGUCGAACGUCCAUUCUCGAGACAUUACCACGCAUCGUAGCCAACCCUCCCAAGAUCGCAGCCAAGAGCACCACGAACGCCAUCGGUCACGUCUGGUGGGUCGUCAAAGGGCAGUUCACCGAGCACCCACUGGUCAGCGCAAGCAUGCUCAUCGGCAUGCUCCUUUUAGGCGCGAUAUAUGGCCGAAGGCAUCUCCCAAGCAAAGAAGGUUACAUCAAGCUCACCGAGAAGAGCGGAAUGAACGGACUUCUUGGUGGCAAUGCUGGCAAUGGUCAAGGGAAGACUGAUUGA